AUGUCUCUCAUAAGUGACCCAGACAUACGACUGGAAUACCUACGGAAUGUGGACGACCCCUACGGACCGAGACUGAUCUCGUUGAACCCUGCGUACAACACCAACCCUUACAUCGUCGCUGCCGGGCUCGCAGAUAUCGAGAGAUGGCCCGAGCUGGCGGCACCGACGAGUCCUCUGCCCACCGAGACCGAGACAGGGCGCCCCGUCGGCGGGGCUAACCUGAAGCACACUCAUACGAUAAUGGGCCCUUCUCGGACAGGGAUGAUCGGGAUGCGGGUGAACGGUAAGAGAGAAUCAACUUCCAAGUCUCUCCGAAGAGCCAGGUCUGCGCGAGCCGCGGCGGAUCCUGAGAGCAUCAAAGUCGUGGUGGACGCUGGAUCGACCAAGGACUCCGGGGGGCCGAACGGGGCGUCCUUGCAGCAGCAGGCUGUCCAAGGAGAUGAGCAGGUAACCAUUACUACGUCUGCACCGGAAUCUGAGCCACCGAAGGCCACCGUCUCCGCCAAUCCCAAUCCUGAGAGAUCGGAGCCCCCAGCGCCAGAGGUCCCUGCGAAGGUGCCGUUUAUACCAAAGUUCAAGGGCGCGGCUGAGAUGGAGGCGCGGCGGCGCGCCCGCCUUGAAGCGCGGAGACCGCCUGCAAUUAAUACUGCCCGACCACCUCCCAAGGCAGUCAACCUUGACCCGGAGAUUUCGUCGUCGGACUCAGAGGGUGCAGCCGCAGACGAGGAGUCUGAGUCCGAGUCUGAGUCUGAUGAAUCCGACGACAUACCUGAUGCUGGGGAAGACAUUGACGGAGACGAAUUCGAUCCAGACUUUGCAGCGACCCGCACGCCCGGGGUUGCUUCGGAUAGCGCCUCCGAAAUGUUCUACGUGCUCUCAAGCGGCAACUCGGGGGGGCUAUCAGCCUCGAACCCAUCUGCACUUGCCACAUCCCUCCUCACUAGCUCACAGCGCCAGCCACGCCUGAGCCCCGUCACCGAGAGCCGCACAAGCGAGGAGCACAAGGCAGCUAACGGCGAACGCACAGGGCCGCCGCGGACGCAAAUCGAGACCGGCUUCGAGAUGGUGUCGAUGCCCCCGCGAACUCAGCCCGGCGCGAACACAUCUCCCGCGCCCAAAGAGAGCGCACCCGCGGACGCGCUGUUCGCGCGGAAGAAGGUGCCGCCCGCGCGCGCCGCCAAGUCCGCGCUGACGGCGAUGCUCGCGUCCGCGUCGAGCAACUCGUCGAACCCGUUCACGGAGCUGUACGCGGCGAUCUCCGGGCGCGCGGAGAAGGAGUCCAUGAGCGUGCAGAUAUACUUCCCGCACGCGCGCGAGCCUGCGGGCCGCGCGAUGGAGCUGAACGUCAGGAAGGACGCGACGGUCGAGGAGGUCGUGGGCUUUGCGCUGUGGAGCUAUUGGGAGGAGGGGUGGCUGCCGAGGCUGGAUGAGGGCUUGGGCGGGGAGGACGAUCCGAAGAGAGAGGUAAAGUUGUCUGCUAUCGGGUGGAUACUGAGGAUUGCGGAGGAGGAUGGGGAGGUGGACGAGGACUUUCCGCCUCCGGACCGUACAGCGAAGAUAUCCAAAUUCAACUUCGACGCAUACGCAAUACUAGAGGCGAACCCCUCACAAGUACAACAAAACCGUGUGCUCGAAAGCAAGCUGCAGCGACGCCCCUCAAGGGUCAUGGCGGCUAAGAAGAAAGUGGAACUCGCCCCCGCUGGGUUGGCGCCGCCUGGUAUCACAGGUCCAGGCACCAGCGCAAUGCUUGGGUCUACGUUGGCGUCGUCGCAGGGUAUGCUAUCGUCGUCGCUCGGCCCGUCAUCCAGCUAUGGCCCGCAGGUGUUCCUGCGUAUCCGGAUCGCGGAGGCUGUUGAUUCAGUGCAUGUCUACACAACCGUCCAAGUGUCGUCCGGGACUUACAUGCAGGAAGUCCUUGAGCUGGUUUGCCGGAAGCGCAAACUUGCGGAUCCGAACCAAUAUGCACUUAUACUGCCUGAACAGAAUAUUCUUGUUCCCCUGGAUCGCACGGUCGCAUCCCUGGAAGGUAAGACCAUAUUGGUCCUCGCCAAGCGGUCUAUGCUGCAAGAGAUGGGUGUCCGGGUCGACAAACAAGCUGGCCGUACUACCGAUCCUAACGCAUCCAUAUUCAAACGACAAUCGGAGGUGCCAGAAGUCGGGUUCAGCGCGGCCCUGGAUUACAUGGCGGCUUACAAGAAAUACACGGUCCACCGCAAGAUACCGAUGUUGGUCGGCCGCCUGGAGAGAGUACUCGCCUUCGACGGGGGUUAUAUCCAUAUCAUGCCCUCUGCGCACAAAGCCAAGGCGGUAUUCGAGAGUGGAAAGACGGCGUCCUACAAGAUUGACAGCGUCAUAAAGUGCAAGCAGUCGUCGAAGUCGUCUUCGUUCAAGUUUGUUGUCCACCAGGACGGGCGCGUGAAGAGGUACGAUUUUGAGGCGGAAAGUCCCAAGGCUGCUGCUGAGAUCGUCAAGACGAUACGGGAGAUGAAGAUGAAGGCGAAUUUGGAGCGGUCUGGCACCGUCAAUAGGUCUCGUCGCAGCAGACAGGUCAUGUAAGAUAGUGAAUUCUCGCUUGUAUACCCUGCACAUGUCAUCGUAUCACAGUGGCUGUAUAUUCUGUAUCACUAUGUGUGUCGAUCUUAUCUCUCCCCGC